GACCAAGAACAAGCGAACCUAAACAUCAUCGACUCUCUGAGCCUCGGCCCGACUCUCAGCUAUUGAAGCAUCGCCCCCGCGACGACAGCUUCCAUCAUGGUCUACUGCGGCAAACCCUCCAAGGGCUGUUCCACCUGUCGCGACCGUAAGAUACGCUGCGACCAGAGAGAACCCUCAUGUGGCCAGUGCGAGAAGCGUCACCAGGCUUGUCCAGGUUACCGCAACCAGGUCGACCUAAUGUUCCGCGAUGAGAGCUCCCACGUAAUUAACAAAGCCGCAAAGACUCGUUCCCGAUCCCACGCACGGAAGAAGGCGCAGACCCCCGGCCCGGCGUGUCCCUCUCCGUCGCCUCGGCCCGUCCCGAGCGCCACUCCAACGCCGCCGGCUACCCGUCAUCGUUUCAAGGGUCCUGUUUUCUCCGUCUUCAACCCGAGGAGUAGCAGUUCGCCUUCUCAAGAGAGCACCGAUAGCAAUGACGGCGAUGUUGAGGCGAGUGAGUGCUGCACCGAUGACCCAUCUCUAGACCAGGCGUUGCUUGGAGAGGAUCUGUCUGCAUCUCUCCAGGAAAGAGGUACCGCCUUCUUCUUCGCCCGCUACGUCGCGGCCGACAACGGGUGUUACCAGAACUACUCCUUUAUCUAUGACGUUUGGAAACCCCCGGAUCCGGACCACGCUCAAGCCGACGCUGUUACCUACAGCAUGACGGCUGUGGGACUCGCCGGGCUCUCUCAGCAGCGUACCCAUCGUGCCCAUCGUGCUAAGUUGAUGGAUCGAUCCCUCCAAAGCUACACUCUGGCAGUCGGGCUUAUUCAUCCUGCCCUUAGUGACCCCAUCGCGGUCAUCAAGGACACCACAUUGCUCGCCGUCUUGAUACUUGGCACCUACGAGUCUAUUACUGGACGCAGCCCCCAGACCAUGCGAACUUGGAAGGGUCACGUCAACGGAGCCGCCCAGAUCGCCAGCGAGAGAGGUCCUGCCCAGUUCCGAACUAAAGCUGGUACUCGCAUGUUUAUCAUGCUUUCCCAAUCCGUUCUCAUCAGCUGCAUCCAGAGUGGCCUGCCGAUGCCCCAGGCCAUGGUUAACCUCCGUAGGGAGCUUCAGCCUUCGCUUGAGCUAGAUGGGCCAGCAUGGCGCCUGGUUGAUCCUGUCUAUAGGGCGCUCCAGGUUCGCUAUGAUAUCAAGUCAGGAGAGCUCCACGACAUUGAUGAUAUAGUGGAAAAGCUAACACACAUUGACGACGAAUUCGCUUUUAUAUUAUCUGAGCUACCAGAGCCGUGGCAAUACCGGCGUAUCCAACUUACGAAACCUGACCCUCGAGUCCUGGGUCGCUGGUGUUACGUGUAUCCUGGUCUGUUACAAGCCACUGCUUGGAACGGCGUGCGGGCAGUACGGAUGCUUCUUCUAGAGACCAUCCUUGAGCAAAUUUGCCAGGGGUCGAAUGCCCCGGACCUAUCAUCGUUGCCAGAUCGUCACCAAAAACGACUCGCAAAGACCGUAAGGCUUCUGGGCUUGCUAGGGGAUGCCAUCGUGGCCAGCGUUCCUCAGCAUUUCGGUGUGGUCAGCUGUCGAGACAAGGCAAUGUCGAACCCUACGCAAGAAGAACGAUAUCGCCCCCUGUCACCACCAGCAGGCCCCAAAUUGCGAACUGAGCAUGACCACGAAUCGCUGGUCGGGUCUGACAGAUUGAUGCCCCUGAACCCGACCAUCUUGGGCGGCCAAGAAGACAGUGCGGAGUGCUUUAUGACCCUAGCGUCCGCGAGCCAUACCAUGAUCUGGCCUCUCUACAUCCUGGGCAUGUCCUCGUCAUGCUCCGCCGAGACGAAACGGUAUGCUAUAAACAUGCUACAAGCCAUACACCGCGAGACUGGCCUCGAGCAGGCUCGGGUUGUCGCCGGGAUGCUACAUUCCAAGGAGGACCCCAGCACACAAAGCACCGCUUUCCUUGAGAAUAUUUCACUAUUACCAGCAGAGGGGUUGCUCGAGGUUGUUUAGAUUUUGACCGUGGAGUCUAAGCGUAGACUUGUCAGCAUUCUUGUUAUUUAGGGUUUCACGUUGGGAUAUGGAGCGAUGGAGUUUA